UAAUUAAUCUGAAAUUUUUUGCAUAGAGAAUCCGCCCAUUAGGAAAAUAUUUGUGGAAUUUUUACAAAAAUUUGCCAUCCUGAAUUCCGGUGUAGUUUACAAGUCUGACGUAUUUUAUUUAAAAAGAAAUGAUUAUCUGAAUUAACAUAAAAGAAGAGACAAACAUCUGUCUCCACUCCUUUUAAUUUAUUCUCUCUCUCGCUUUUGGUUGAGUGAAGUGCCGCACCGUCACUUUCCACAAAGCCCAAGCUUCUAUACCACACUUUCCUACCGAAAUAAUUCUUGAUUCCUGUGGUUUGAGUUCAGAUAAUGGGUGGAUCUGGAACUGCAAGCUUCCUCAAAUUGCUCCUUACUAAUUUCGACAUUCUUGCUGGGCCUGUGGUUACUCUGGUGUAUCCUCUAUAUGCAUCGAUUAGGGCAAUCGAGACAAAGUCACCUAUUGAUGAUCAACAAUGGCUAACUUAUUGGGUUCUUUACUCUAUGAUUACUCUUUUUGAGCUUACUUUUGCAAAACUUAUUGAAUGGUUGCCAUUCUGGUCAUACGCAAAGCUAAUCUUCACCUGCUGGUUGGUGAUUCCGUACUUCAGCGGAGCUGCCUAUGUCUACGAACACUAUGUAAGGCCUUACCUUGUUACUCGGCAGAAGACAGUUAACAUCUGGUAUGUUCCAAAGAAAAAAGACAUAUUCAGCAAGCCCGACGACAUCCUCACUGCAGCAGAAAAAUAUAUCCAAGAACAUGGACCUGAUGCAUUUGAGAAGAUGAUUCACAGGUCCAGGGACACCAUUCCAAGCACUAGUAACUACACUUUCCAUAGCGAGAGCUACAGCUACGAAGAUGAUUACAGGUACUGAUGUGCUCAAGUUGAAUAGUUUCUUGUUCCUUUGUUCGAGACGAGGAAGAUGCUUUUGUAAAGAGGAGACAGUAAUUUGAUGUGUUAUUGUAGUAUAUUUGUAUCAUGAGUGUGUGAUGCUUCUAGUGUAGUUGAUACUGGAGAAGUUCGAUUAUCAAUCAUAUGACCCCUUUUCCUACUACCAA